GUUAACAAAGAAAUAUGCCCAAGCCAAUUUCAAUUAACGAACAGCUGUUUAAAUUCAAUUGUUUAUGUCUGCCGAAGUGAGGAUGAUGCUGUAAAAAUAAUAAUAAAGCGCAACGGUGUUGCGUGUUACCUCACGGAUAUGGAUGUGCCGGCAUUUCCGUCACCCCCGUCGCCGCUUGAUACCGCCUCAACCACCCAAACAGUCAGCCCCAGAGACGGCGAGUCAGUUGACGAUAGUACAACAAGUAGAAUACGUCAUGUAUCACCUGUUAAAUCCAGUCGUACGUACACCAGUGGCAUUGGUAUCUCCAACAUUAAUAUCCAAAGGAAACGCGCGCACAGACUCACGCGUCUUGGCAACUCGGUGCAUCCGCGAGUCAUCGCUAGAGAAUCUGGGAGAUACAAUCGUAGUCGUGUUACUGAGCUCAGAGUGAGAAUGACGGAGAGGCGAGAGGAGGAUGAUGAGGAGGACGAUGCCGAUGUUGUCUGUGCCACAGGUAUUCCGAUGUCCUUCGACUCGGGAACCUUAUCGAGGGAAUUGUCCGUGCAGCUCGAGGUCGAGGGCAAUCACAAAACACUGAAAGUUAUUAAAUCAACUGGAGUACAGACGCACCUCGGGGAGGGGCCCUAUCGAUUGAAGGUUUUCCCAGCUCUCAAGGAUAUUGUCGACGAUGAUGCCAGUGACAAUCCUAAAACUUCAUCAAGGCUGUGGAAACACCUAAGAUUUUUGGGGAGACUUUCCCUCUGUCAAUUUGGUCUUGCAUGGCUAUUAACCUUCUGGGCAGUGGCCGGUGCAGCGUCCUUCUACGCCACAGAAGGCCCUCGGGAGCGAGAGCAAGUUUACGAGUUAAAGGACAUGCAGCGAGACUUAGCUGUUGGUUUAGCGACUGAAUUACGACAAUUACGGGCCGAAGAAGAGGAAAUGGAGCCUCUUUGGGGGAAUAAAGUCAAACAGUAUGUAGCUAAGCAUGAGAAACUUCUCCUGGCUGCUAUUAGCUCCGGUUACGGUGAAGGUGGUGAAGGAGGACAACUAUGGACAUUCCCCGGAUGCGUUUUAUUUUCUAUAUCUCUUCUCACAACUCUCGGUUUUGGAGCUCCAGUACCACGCACCACACCAGGUAGAACUGUUGCCGUUGUCUUUGCCGCUAUUGGAAUUCCUGCGCAUUUUCUCCUUAUCCUCAAUGUUGGAUUGUUUCUGGCGAUGAAACUCCAGAGUUUCGCUAUUCGUAAGAAGUAUGGAGAACACGAGGUCCAGAGCUCUGAUAACUUAAAAGCACCCAGGUGGGUCAAGGUUGUUCCAUUCUGUUGCAUCGGUGCUUACUACAUCUUGGGGAUAAUUGCAUUCGGAGUAUCUCGAUUCCGUCCAGUAGCAGCGAGCCUCCUCUUCCCCCUGGACUUCACAGCAGCUGGUGGUCUUGCAAACACGUCUGGUCUAGUGCGAAUUUUGUACGCUCUCUAUCUCGAGGGUGCAGUAACAAUAGCAGCUGUUGCAGUAGCAGUUUUACGUGUCUCAGCCUCGGAGAGUCUCACCAAUAUUGGCUUGAAAUAUGGCCUACUGACCGAGGCGUAGUUCAGGGCAGAAAUGGCAAUCGAAUACGAUUACAUAUCCAGCGACCUUGGGGGAUUAUUCGACCCUAGAGAUUCCCGUGAUUGGGGUAUUUUAUUUGCAUUCAAUCGAUUUAUUCCGGUAAGUCAUCUAUAGAUGAGCAAUGAAUACCUCUGGAUCAAGACGAGGGGAAUUGGCAGCUGUGAUGAACACAGUUGAGACACCUUGUGUGUUGAAAAAACUUUGUUUUAUGUUUCAAUUAGCGGAAGAAGAAUCAGCAGAAAAUUUUCAAAAAAACUUUCCUUAGAGACUAUUUUUGUCUGUUGAAACGUCAAAUUUUCGUAUUUCCUUUAGGAAUGACUUACUUACGGGGCAAUUCCACGUUUAUGAAACUAUCAAUUUCACUUGAUUACUAGCCGUUUCGUGGAUCAACCGUAAAAAUGGGAUUUUUUAGUGGUAUAUAAGUGGUAGUUAUGUUACAAUAAUAAAGAAAAACUCAAUCGCUAGAUGAAUAGAGAACAAUAUUAAUUUAGGCGCAUGUGUUCGUAAAUGAGCUGAAAACAACUUUCAUUAUUCAUGAAAAAUCGAUCUAAUGCACCUUCCAUCAUUCCCAAGUGCAUGGGUAAUGAUAGUAGUUGGUGGUAGUCAAUUAUCCAUCGAGUGGUAAACGAUCGAAAUAUUAAAGCCAGAAACAUGAAAGUUCACAUGGAAUGAAUAAUCAAGUAAUGACAGAUGAGCAUUUUUCAUUUUCUGUCAUUAAAAAAUCAGUUUAAUAUUCAAUGAUAGCAAUUGGCUUUCCAAUUGAAUUUUUCUAUUCACAUUUGGCGUGAAUCAAUGCUAAUCAACGGAAUUGAAUAGAAAACCAAAUUUUAACUUACAAGAAAAAUUUAUUUUACACUUUUAACAUUUGUAAGCGCUUAAUUUUGCUAUUCUCCAUUAUCAACUUAUCCACAGAGGCCUAUAGCUAAUUCUUAAAACCCACGAGUCAGGAAAAAGUACAUGAAUAAACCUGCGGCAACGCCUGUAGAUUCAACUGGGAUAAUUGUACAAUUAUAAUUUUUUUUUCAAUUAAAAGUUAUCAAAGUUAAUUAUUUAGAAUAAAUCAUGAUAUCUUCCCUUCCAUUUUUAUUUU